AUGAAGAAAUUUAUCGUUAAAGAGUGGGCGGAACUUAUUUCAGACCCCAUUAUCUUUAAUGAUCAAUCUCAUCAAGUCUUUGAACAUGGUAACUUGCCUGCAGUGAAAGAUGAGCUGUCGGUUACAUUACGACUAAAGCUUCAGAAACUUACUUCCAGUUGGGCUACUAUUUUUCACAAAGGUACCAUUGAUUCAGUCCGUACUCCUAGGCUCGAGUUGAUGCCAAACAAAUUCUCAUUGCAAGCUUGCUUCACGGGCAACUGGAGUUAUACUGCAGGAAUUAGCGGUCUCGGCGACGAACUUCUAUUAGAUAGAUGGUAUCAUGUAGCUUAUACACUUUCUGAUCCUGAAAAGAGAGCAGAUCUCUACAUAGACGGUGAAUGGGUCGGAUCCUAUAGUAUCCAUAACAUUAAAAAGCAAAAAGUUGUCUUUAAUGAUGGUCC